UGCUAUGUUGAUAACCAUUCCCUGUCGCUCUCCGGCGAGUCCUCUUCCUGCCCUGCCCUGCCCUGCCCUGCAUUCUUUCUUUCUCCACCAGGGGAAUCCAGUUCACCCCCAGUGCUGCUUCUGCUGCUGCUUCUGCAUCAUCUUGCCCUGUUAAAAAGACACAGUGCCCUUGUUCUUUCGCAGUUGCAACUAGCAUCUCCUCCUCUACUUGUACUCACUUCACACCUCAGCUCAGCUCAGCUCAUCUCCUGUCAUCUCAGCUCAAAGAGAAAGAGCUGAAGGUGUAAGCUGAUCACCAGGAAGCAGAGGCUUUUUUUCAGAUUACAGUUAUCUGAAACAACCAACUUCAGAAUCAAUCAGCAAAGGUAGAAACAAGACAGAGCUGCUGUGCUUCUGUGAUUAAUUAGGGUUGUUAAUGCCAUGAACCAGUUCGUCCCUGAUUGGAACACCACCAGCAUGGGCGACGGCUUUGCGCCAUUAGGCGAAGACGACGGGCUCGUCGAGCUGCUAUGGUGCAAUGGCCACGUCGUCAUGCAGAGCCAGGCGCCGCGGAAGCCGCCGAGGCCGGAGAAGACGACGGCGGCGGCGGCGGCGGCGAUGGCGGAGGAUGAGUCGGCGUCGUGGUUUCAGUACCCGGUCGACGACGUGCUUGAGAAGGACCUGUUCACCGAGCUGUUCGGCGAAAUGACGGCGGCCGGCGGCGGCGGCGGCGACGUCCGCAGGGCGGCGUGCAAGGAGGAGCGCGGCGCGGUCGCCGCGUUCCAGAGCAGGAUGAUGCCGCCGCCGUGGCCGGCGAGGGGGAAGGCGGAGUUCGGUGACGUCGACGACGUGUGCGGCGUCUCGGAGGUCGUCAUGGCGAAGAUGGACGGGGCGGCGGCGGCGGAGACGGUCGGCGAGUCAUCGAUGCUGACAAUCGGGUCGAGCAUCUGCGGGAGCAACCACGUCCAGACGCCGCCGGUGGGGAACGGGAAGGCCGGCGCCGGCACCGCCGGCGCCGCCAGAAGGGCGCACGACACGGCGACGGUGGCGUCGUCGUCGAUGAGGUCGAGGUCCUGCACCGCCAAGGCCGAGCCGCGCGACGUCGCAGCCGCCGGCGUCGGCGGCAAGCGGAAGCAGCGCGGCGGCGCCGCCAUGGAGUCCGGGAGCCCCAGCGAGGACGUGGAGUUCGAGUCCGCCGCCGCAACGUGCUCGCCGGCGCAGAAGACGACGACGGCGAAGCGGCGGCGCGCCGCCGAGGUGCACAACCUCUCCGAGAGGAGGAGAAGAGAUAGGAUCAAUGAGAAGAUGAAAGCAUUACAGGAGCUCAUACCUCACUGCAACAAAACGGACAAAGCAUCGAUGCUGGAUGAAGCGAUCGAGUAUCUCAAGUCACUGCAGCUCCAGCUACAGAUGAUGUGGAUGGGCGGCGGAAUGGCGCCGCCGGCGGUGAUGUUCCCGGCGGCCGGCGUGCACCAGUACAUGCAGCGGAUGGGCGCCGUCGGGAUGGGCCCACCACACAUGGCGUCCCUGCCGAGGAUGCCGCCGUUCAUGGCGCCGCCGCCCGCCGCCGUGCAGAGCUCGCCGGUGGUCAGCAUGGCCGACCCCUACGCCCGCUGCCUCGCCGUCGACCACCUCCAGCCACCGCCUCCGAUGCAGCAUUACCUGCAGGGGAUGAGCUUCUACCAGCUCGCCGCGGCCAAGAACCUUCAGCAGCAGCAGAACACGGCGGAGGCGCCGCCACCGCCACCGGCCGGAGGCAACCGCGCAGCCGCUGACUCCUGACGACAUUCUGCACAAAAAAUACGACAACUGUAGUAAGUCUGAGAGCAAGGGUGGCACCAGUUGAUUGCCGUCAAUCUGAAGAUAUGUAUAUAAGGCUCUGAUGCAAUUGAGUUGAGAGGCUGGAUCAUGAUGGCUACCUAAUCAUUAAGGGGAAUUUAAGAUCAUCCCUUUUACUGACGUCUAAAUUCGGUAGGCAGUGUAGAUCGAUCAGCGGUUAAGAGUUAACAAGUCGUGAAUUCUUUUUUGCUAUGUAUGUAGUACUAUUUUUUCCCCUUUGGGGAGACAUUGGUUAUGUAUCAGUUGUUGAUGUACCUGUUCAAAUUUAUGCCAACCAGAGCAAAUUGUAUUAUCAUCCGCCUCAA